AGUUCCUUCUUGUUCUUGUCUCAAGUACGGUACCGUAACGAGUUUUGUCAAAUCAUGGACAAAACAAAAUAACCUAUGACUGCAAAAAUCUUUGCAAUGAAAUGAAACGGUGAAUGAUCAAGUUAGUUCAUAUAUUUUGUAACAUCUCAGGCACAUCUAGCUCGUUUGAAAACGCAAUAAUAAUUGUAAAGCCAUUUUUUCUUUGAUUAUAGAUAUUAGAUGUACCGGUAUAACUAUAUUUAAAAAUUUAUUAAAAAAAUCUUGUGUUGCACACCUAGCUCAUUUAAAAAUGCAAUAAUAAUUGUAAAGCGAUUUUUUUCUUCGAUUAUAGACGUAGCCUAAUACUAUAUUUAAAAAUUUCUUAGAAAAAUCUUGUGUUGCUACUUGCUAGGGAAGUAUAAGUUUAUUUCGACUCCAUAAUCAGCAAUAGACGAUAAAAAAAUAGAUAAAAGUAAAAGUAACUGAUUAUAGAAUCGGGAAAGCGAACAAAACCUAGAGUAAGGUUUGAAACGUACAGAUUUUAGAUGGAAAGGUAUUGAUAAAAGAAGUAGUACGUGUUCGCUCACCCAAAAGUAAAAAAAAAAACUAAUUACAGAAUUAAGGCACGCACGCAUGGCACACACACACACAAGUAAAAAGCAGGGAGGUUUGCAGACUCAUGUUUCUUAUUGUAGCACUGUAGUUCAAUUGUUUGCAGACAUGUGUUCAUACUUAAUUAUGUACAACAGUACUAAAUGAAGUACCGAUAAUAGAUCUCAGUUAACUGCCUGACAUAUAGACUUAUAUAGUCUACUGCAAACAGUGAAGGAUUACGGUACCUGAUGUUUUGGUAGUUAAAUUUGAAGUUUUCUGAUCAUCAUGUCAUUGCCUCGCCUCUGCAAACAUCUUACUCAAGGAAUAUAUGGGAAUGGUGUCAGAAAAAACAUCACCGUUUGUAAAAAUUGUGCAAAAGUUCGUAUGUAUAGAAAUGGACCUUCUGCCAGACUUAUGCAUCAGAUGAGAAAUUCUUCGAAUGUAAUUAAAAAGGACAGAGUACUCUUGUCUUUCACAAAAGAUAAUCAACAAUUAUAUAAUCAUGUUGUAAAAAGGUUAUUCUGGGGUCAAGUAAUUACUGCAGUUGCACGGCAUGGACUUAAACUUCGAUACUGGAUUGUUGGCUCAGCUGUCACUGGAUCUAUUGUAGCUAAAAAUCACAUCAGCAAUUGGUUAGAAGAACACAAGAUCAAUGUACCAGAGAUGAAAUGGUUAAAUGAAUUUAUGACUAACAGCCGAGAUAUGAUGAACCAUGUCAUUGGGGAUGCUAGAAAAUAUGGGGAAGGAUUAAAUUUUCAAUUACCAGAUUAUAAAACAUUACUUGCACAUUUGCCAGAGAGAAAAGACACAGAUAAAAGUUUGAGUGAAACUGCUACCAUGAAAAAUUUGCUGCCUGGAGGAAUGACAACUCAAAAACAGACAUCGGAAAAAGAGAAAGUUAAGAAUCUUCAAAGCGAGCUGGUUGAAACUGAGCUGAAGUAUCAAAAACUUGUUGAAAAACUGGAAAAAGAGAAUAAAGAACUCAGAAAAUUAUUGAUGGCCAAAGAUGACAAACAAAUUUACAGACGGAAAGUUAAGAAAUCACUUAUUGAUAUGUACUCCGAAGUUCUUGAUGAAUUAGCUGAUUAUGAUACAAGUUACAAUACACAAGAUCAUCUGCCGAGGGUUGUAGUAGUGGGUGACCAGAGUGCUGGAAAAACAAGUGUUCUUGAAAUGAUUGCGCAAGCAAGAAUAUUUCCUCGAGGAUCAGGAGAAAUGAUGACAAGAUCGCCUGUCAAAGUAACAUUGAGUGAAGGUCCGACACACGUUGCGCAGUUUCGUGAUAGCACUCGUGAGUUUGAUCUCACAAAACCUUCAGAGUUAGCUGCACUUCGACAUGAGAUUGAAUUGAGAAUGAGGACAAAUUGUUCACAAGGAAAAACUGUUAGUAAUGAGACAAUAUCACUCAGUGUGAAAGGACCAGGAUUACAGAGAAUGGUGUUAGUGGAUUUGCCUGGUGUAAUCAGCACUGUUACAAGUGGAAUGGCAUCAAACACAAAAGAUGAAAUAUUUAAAAUGAGCAAACAUUAUAUGAGCAAUCCAAAUGCCAUCAUUCUAUGUAUCCAAGAUGGAUCGGUUGACGCUGAACGGAGUAUUGUCACUGACUUGGUUCGUGAUAUGGAUCCAAGUGGGAAAAGAACAAUUUUUGUGCUGACAAAAGUUGAUCUUGCUGAAAAAAAUAUUGCUAAUCCAAGCAGGAUUCAACAAAUCUUGGAUGGGAAACUUUUCCCAAUGAAAGCUCUUGGGUAUUUUGCUGUUGUGACUGGCAAGGGAGCUGCUAACAGUAAGAUUGAAGAAAUCCGGGAAUAUGAAGAACAUUUCUUUUCUAACUCCAAAGUUUUCAAAUCUGGAUUGUUGAAAGCUAAUCAAUUGACAACAGCUAACUUAAGUCAAGCUGUAUCACAAUGUUUUUGGAAAAUGGUUCGGGAGUCUGUGGAACAACAGGCAGAUGCUUACAAAGCAACUAGAUUCAACCUCGAAACAGAGUGGAAGAAUAAUUUUCCAAGAGUUCGAGAACUUGACAGAAAUGAAUUAUUUGAAAAAGCGAAAAAUGAAAUCUUAGAUGAAAUACUCAACCUCGUCAAUGUUCCUGCACAGCAAUGGGAAGAGACAUUGGUAAGAAAACUCUGGAAUGAAGUGUCAACUUAUGUUAUAGAACAAAUUUAUCUUCCUGCAGCUCAAUCUAAUGAUGCAGGAACUUUCAACACAACAGUCGAUAUCAAGUUGAAACAAUGGGCUGAUAAACAACUGCCAAAACAAUCUAUCCAGACUGCCAAAGAAGCGUUAUUGGCUCAGUUUUCUAAAGUUCUUGAGACAGAUAUUACAUCCAAAGACGAUAAACGACAACAAAAAAAUCAUGAUGAUAUUUUUGAUGAACUGAAAAAUGCUGUCAAGAAUGAAGCCAUUGCUAGACAUAAAUGGAAUGAGGGAUACAUGGAUACUUUGCAAGUAAUUCAGCUGAAUACGUUAGAAGAUCGUUCAAUAUCAGAUCGUCAACAAUGGGAUUCUGCUAUACGAUUUAUUGAACAGAAUUUGGGAUUGCGUCUGCAAAAUACUGAGGAUGAGAUUCAAGAUAUGGUCGGACCAGGUUUGAUGCAGAGAUGGACUCAUUGGUCUUAUAGAACAUGGGAUCAACAUCAACGCAAUGAAGUUAAGAAUGAAUUAGAAAGAAUAUUUCAUGGAGAACAGGCGAAGGAAAUAGCUCAAUUGGCUAAACAUUCGCCAUACCUUGCUAAUGAUGAAAUUACAACAGUUCGCAAAAAUUUGGAAUCGAGAGGAAUAGAAGUUAAUUCCCAACUGAUCACCGAGACUUGGGACAAGUUAUACAGAAGAAACUUUCUAAAAUAUUCAUUAUCCAGAUGUUCGCAAUGUAAAAGAGAGUUUUUCAGAUAUCAGAAUUCUUCAAAACUUCAAAUUGUGCAUGAAGAUGAUGAUAAGAUGGAUUGUUAUGAUGUCGUUUUAUUCUGGAGAAUCCAGAGAAUGCUGUCGAUAACUAGCAAUGCACUUCGUCAACAAGUUAUGAACACAGAAGCACACAGACUUGAAAAGGAAGUCAAACAGGUUCUGGAAGAUUUUAGUCAAAAUAGACUGAAAAAGAUUGAAUUAUUAACUGGAAGAAGAGUAACUCUAGCAGAGGAAUUAAAAAAAGUUCGAGAAAUUCAACAGAAAUUGGAAGAAUUCAUUGAAGCUUUGAAAAAUGAGAGAUAAUAAACCAAUAAUGAAUAUUCAGUGUUACUCUACUAAUCACCCCCUUUUGAAUGAAUUUACAAUUUUGUGCAAUUGGCGUAUAUAUCUAUCUUAUUCGAAUAUUCUUCGCCACCUAAACUGGCUGGUGUCCCGUGCUUAUUAAUAUGAUUUGAAAUAAUUUUGUUUGAUGAAUUGGAAUUUGGUGAAAUAUAUUGUUUGUAACCAUUUACCAAACACUUCAAUUUUAUGUAUUGCUUUUGCAUUUGGUUCAAUCUUUUCAAUGAAUUUUGGUAGCUGCAGAAUGAUGAAUGAAUUGCUUCGCCUGUUGUAUUAUUGUAAUACUAUUUAUAAAUAUAUGCAUGUUUGACUCAUUGUCUCACACUAA